AUGGACGACACUUUUCUCCACAUGGGCGAUGAGGACCCAACUGAAACUAUUGUAAAGGAUAACUCAAAUACCCUAGACCCAACUGCCGUCAUCACCAAGAAAAGAAAACCAACUGUAAAACUAUCUUCUGACCAACUGCUCUCCGACAGAGGACUGCCUUACGUGCUUGCAAAUGGUCCAAAAAGAAUAAGAAUAUCCAAAAAAAAUAGCAAUCACCAAAAUUUAAACAACAUUAUACUCUUCUAUCAACUUUGGGCCCAUGACGUCUUCCCAAGGGCUAAAUUUAAGGACUUCAUUAAAUUGUGUAAUACUCUGGGUAAAUCGGAUAGAAUACUGAGAGAAUAUAGACUAGACCUCUUCAGAAAGGAAAUGGGCAUACAUACAGAUCAAAUAAAUAUAGAUCAAGCAACUUCGAUAGACACUCUCCAACCAACUGAUAACGCAACAGAAGAUUCAAUUCCAAUUCCAGAUGGUAGACUGUUUGUUGCAGAUGAAGAAGGAGACAACAACGACGACGAUGAAGACGACGACGAUAUAUACUCACAUUCAUUAAACUCAAGAAGGAAGCCAACUGAGAGUUUGACGGAAGAACCAGAACCAAACGACAACGAUGGAAACUUGGAUCAGCUUGAACAACAAUGGAGAGAUCAACAACUCUUACUGCAGCAACAAGACGAACCAGAGGUUCAAGACGAUGACGAAGACGAUUUAGAGGCAAUGAGGGAAAUGAGAGAUGAUUAUUUUUAA